AUAAAAUCACAUCAUGGACCUAACUAGAUUCAGCUUAGAAAAUGGAUAUGCUUAUAAUGAUAAUGGUAUAUUGAGCGACUAUUGGUAUUUUAGAAUAUUUAAGUAAAUCCCAAAGAAGCUCUAAAUCUUUGAAAAGAAGAAUUCGCUCAAAAUAAUAACAAAAGAAGAGAAAUUCAUAAAAUUAUAGGGAAUAGAAAUAAAUUUGUUGAGCAAUCAGAAGAGCGUAGAAGUAUAGGAGAUAGAUCCAAUUCACUCUUUAAAACCAUCAAAAACAAUAAUAAAGCAGAAAACAAAACAAUAAUAAAAUCCACUCUUCCCUCUUCCAGUAUGAUCAAACAGGCAUUUUCUAAGAGAUUCAAAAGGAUGAAUGUAGAUAACUUAUUAUCGAUACAACAGAAAUUGAUUAAAAAACAUCUUUCAAAGAAAAUAGGAAAGACAAGAGCAUCUAUAAGCACAGCUGAUCAGGAUAAAGAGAAAUGAGUUAAAAAUAUGAUUAAGAGAUAUGUUGAAUGUAUUAAAAAGAGCGAACACUCGAAAUCUCAAGAAAGAAUAAACGUCAAACCAAGCUCUAACUACAGCCUUGAGAAGGAUUCAAAUAUUUCACAAUCGAGUCAAGGGAGGUCUGAUUAUCGGAAUUCUCACUACUCCAAAAGCUUAUGUCAAAGCUGGACUGAUGAAAGAAUGAAUAAAACCUUCCUAAAACAUCGCUCAGAAUUAAGUACUUCUUACGAUUUCAUUUAUGAGUCAACUUCUCAUGGCUUCAAUGAAAGCAAGGACAGAUUCUUACAAAAAAACCUCAUGGAUUUCCCUAACUACUCCAAAAAGGCAAGCAAGUAACUUUAUGGACAAGUACAAGAGCUUUACUUUCAAACAAAGAAAAAGAAAAUCUGUCUGCUCCGAAAAUCCCUUUAAGCUAAAAUAACUUGAGUCUGUACCAAAAUGACUUCUUAUCAGAGUCAAGCAAAUGUAAAGAUGAAAUCGUGGUCAUCAAAGCCAUUGCAAAGGCUGGAGUUGACCUCAGAGUUAUCCACUUCAUGAGAACAUAUUUUGAGAAAUUAUACGGAGACUUACAAACUAUUCCAAUUGAGGACUUUAAGAAGAUCUGGUGAUCGCUUAUUGGCCAUAGUACCGCUCUGCAGUAUCCUUCUCUAUUACAAAAGCUUAUCCAUGUCUUGCUCUCAGAGGACAAAGAAGAUAUUGAUCUUCAUAAGUUAGAUAAGUUUAACCACAUCUGAGAAUAUCUGAAUGUGACAAUUACAAAAUAAUAAAAAUGAAUCUGGUCAGAUUCAAAUAGUUCUAAAUCCAAACGAAAAUAAAACACGAAAAAUAUAUCUCAAGAAAAGUAAAAUAAACCAAAAUAAUCAAGAAGAGCUCGACUCAGUGAUUCAGCUACUUUGGAUAAAAAUUAGUCAAAAAUUUAACAAAAUUUCAGAAGCUUUCAGAUUUUUUGACCCUGAUAAUAACACUACUGUGAACAAAAGAGAGUUUAGAGAGGGGCUUGAAAGAUUAAAGAUAUCAAUCCCUGCUCUUAAACUAGAAAAUAAAGGAGAAAUGACGCUAAUUGAUAUCAAUAGCAUAUUUGGAACUCUAGACACCCACCAUAUCGGAUACCUUACAUAUAAAGACUUCUGAAAACAUCUUGGUUCUAGCCACCCAGGAUUUUAAAGUAAAUUGACCCAAAAGUCUUUAUCCUAAAAGUUCAAUGCCUUUAAUC